UGAGCUUCAAUCGAACAACACCACCCAACACCACUUCCUCCAGCCCCCCAAAUCCGUUAUCGCCUUGGACUAAUCGCACCACACACUCACACUCACAUCGCUCAUUCAACAGCACCAACACGUGAAUGCUAAUUCACGUCCCCCCCACAGAUUAAAACCCUAAUGGGAAAUUUAACCAGGAUUUUUAUACGGUAUUAAAUCGCACUCUGUCGCAACACACACACAUAUCCUCCCCGCGUUAGUCACCUCACACGAUUUUAAGUUUAAUUUAGGUUUCCACAACUUAUAAAUCUUGUGCUUUAGUCUCCUAUCGCUUACAAGACCUGGACUUUGAGUAGUUUUUGUUUUUUCAAAUCCUCUUAUACUAUCCAAUCCCAAGAGCUCUAGACCCUGUGCUGUUACGGGGACAGCCUCACCGAGAGCUCUCAAGUCCCAGUAAUUUUUCAACGUUUUCCAUACAAGUUAAAUGAUUUUAAAAGCCCGAGUAUUCCUGUAGUGCACCUCUGCGCAUCUCUAAAGUGUUUCACAAUACUGAAAACUCUCAAUACAUACGAGAGUGAGGGGUGACCCGUGAUUUUCUCUUCCUCACAACACUCUGGUUUCCUCGUCUCAGCUAAGAUAAGAGGCCAGCAUGGGUAAACAGUCCUUCAAGGUGGACACUAGUAAUAACACGAACACCGACGACAACUGCACCGCACUCACCCAACACAGCGCCAUUAUCAAACAGCGAUGGUUUCAGUGUACUCGUGUAUCACUGUUCCAAUGUAUCGUUCAGGGUGGCGGCAGAGGGGUGGUGCAUCCAGCCUCUGAUCUGCCGCCCACUUACACCGACGCUGAAGAAAGACAUAAGAAUACAAAGGAUAUUCUAGUGGCGGGCUUUGGCGGAGGGGUGGAGAAUCAAGCAUUCGAGGACGACGCCACAGCCAAGAAAAAGCCCAGGGACACGAAUGAUGCUGUUGUGGGGGACCUACCUGAACACACUGAAGAGGAAGAAAAGCAGCAGUGGGCACGACCCAUAGAGUUCCUCCUGUCGUGCAUCGCCAUGUCGGUGGGGCUGGGCAAUGUGUGGAGGUUCCCCAAGACUGCCUAUGAUAACGGGGGUGGAGCGUUUCUCAUCCCCUACCUUUUCAUCCUAACCUUCAUUGGCAGGCCACUAUACUUUAUGGAGCUGUCAAUGGGGCAGUUUUCAUCUUACGGGGGCGUCAAGAUGUGGAAGGUUGUACCAGCCGCAAAAGGUGUGGGUUAUGGACAGAUGAUCGCCACAUGGUCAGUGGUGACUUACUACUGCGCUAUCAUGGGGAUGACAGUGUUUUACUUCCUCAUGUCCUUUAAUAAAGUCCUGCCCUGGUCCUUCUGUGACUAUGACUCCUGGGCUGACGAGAACUGUGUCGAUGCUGCCGGCAACUUCAGUUUCAGCAACGAAUCAGAAUCAUCGUCUGAACAAUAUUUCUAGUAAGUCUUAGGUCCUACACAUUG